GAAAGUGCUUAAAUAGCAAAUGUUAUGUUGGGUGCUUCUUCUUCUCGUUCAUGUCAAUUCGUCGUCUUCUUCGUCUUUUACUUCUUUACUCAACCGCAGUAGAAAGAGAGAAGAAAGGAUACGAUAGGAUUGGGAUGUGAAGGUGUCAAAUGAUGUGCAGGCAGAUUAACAGGCUCAUCACCACUGUCACUUUCUAGCGCUUUCACACAAUACGGAGAAGAAAUUGUUAAUAAAGUUGGGUGAAAAUUUGCUGAAAGAAAGUGCGAAAAAGUUGGAAUAUUUGAUUGGGAUAUUUUGUGAAAGAAAUUGACGUGAAAAUGAUGGAUGUUGAUGAUCGAGCGGCGUCAACUUUAGCAAAAUUGGAGCUAGUUAAAGAAAUCAAAUGUAAAACGAUGCAAAUGUUGAAAAUGAAAGAACGGUUGCUGGAUGAAAUUGAAAAUUGUAGAAAAGAAGAACGUUGUUUGCAAGAUUAUAGAUCCGAAAUGGAACUACUAAUGCAAGAAAAGAUGGCUCAUGUUGAGGAAUUGAGACAAAUCCAUGCUGACAUAAAUGCUAUGGAAUCUGUCAUCAAACAAGCUGAACAGACAAGAACGAGAUCAGUCGACACUGCAAAACGACUUCAUCAAGAAUUUGGGCCUGUAAAAGCGGAAGUUGAUCGUCUCAGGCAGGCAUGCUUAGGAUUGGAACGGUUACCAGAAUUGCAUGAGGAAGAGCCAUCAAUAAUAUCGUCAGAACUAUUUGAUCAACUGCCAACCUGGUCACACUCACAUUCUCAACCUCAACGAGACGAAGUUAUGCAAGGAAUGGCAUAUUCGCAACCCCCCUCCGCCCCACAAGCUGCAGCCGCAGCGUUUAUCAUGAGUCAAAAUCCAUUGGCCAUGAUGCAAUCUGCCGCAGCAGCUAAACAACAACAAGACCGACAACAGCAACAGCAGCAACAACAACAACAACAAACGCCACACCUCCCUCCACAACCACACGGACCAACACCACCAUUUCGGCAACAACCCCCUCCAAUGAAGUCAUGUCUAUCUUGUCAUCAGCAAAUUCAUCGCAAUGCACCAAUUUGUCCGCUAUGCAAGGCCAAAUCUCGUUCCAGGAAUCCCAAAAAGCCAAAAAAGAAGGAGCAAUAAGAAUCAAGUUGCAUUUAAUUUCUACCUUCGUUUCUUUUCCGAUCAGUAUUACAUAUGUACCAAUUUGGAAUAAUUUAUGUAUGCAACUUUUAAAUACUAGGUUAUGUUUUAUAUAACAACAAAACUCGUGAGUCCUAAUUCAAUGUUACAUAUUUAAAUUUUUAAUGAAUAGACUGAUCAUGAAAAAUGUGGGUAGACAACAUAAUGCCAUUCUUUGAAAAUACUCGAUUUCUAAAGGUAAAAGUGCCAACUAUUGAGAUAAGUAUUCCCUAUUUAUACUCUAUUUAUAAUAGCCAUAGCUUUUGUCAAGUGCUUUCAACCUUGAAACAGUUUAAUGAUUUUGUGUAUGUACAUAAAUGCUAUAUAAAAUGUAUGUACAUACGUAUUUAGACAGAUCGGAUUAAGGAUAGACAUAGUAAUUGUAGGAUAGUUUAUAGUUACCUCUUUUAAUAGAAGAGCGAUUUAAAAUAGCGCUUUUUUUAUGACUAGAGUGACAAGCUUUGAUACCACAAUCCAUCAUCAACUUGAAAUUUGGUUGACAACUGGAAUCGCUGAAAAGUAUGUCAGGCAUGGCAGAAAUUACUGAAAUCCGUGCGGUUCAGUUGUUUGGUAGAUAUCCGUUUUUACGCCACCACGACUUUUUUUAUAGAGGAAAAAGUAAAUAUAAAACCCAUUUAAAACUGUACAUGAAAAAACUACUUGGUUUGUUUUUAGUGUCAAAAGUUAAUCUUAAAGAAAUGCGUUGUUUUUUACGGCAAUUUUUUUACACUGGUGUUUCAUUUUGUGAUGUUCUUCAUCCGUGAACAAAGCAAGAUGAAGAUGAAGGAAGGAAAUAAAGAAAUUGUUUGAAUUGGAAAGCA